CAAAACUCAGAAGAGCGCGCGACGAUCUGUGUGCUUUAGGGACGUAGAUGAAGGGAACGCUUUUAAAAUGUACUUGUAAUUCUUUACAUAUUUUCUGUUAUUUUUAUAUGUCAGCUUCUGGCAUAUGCAUGCAUUUUGAGAAAAUAUGGUGCUUAAUUUUAAUGAAAGGACGCCUUUCAACUUUUUGAUGUGCGUAAUUUGCAUCGCAUCUCUUGGAUACGGAGCAAACGUCGAUGUUCCUUUUAAACCGACCCCUGCUUCUCAAUCUAAACUUUCUCCUUGGAGCCCGAUGGAGGAGACUGAUCCUGCCCCCGACCCUGGUGAAACCACCCAAGCGGUGUUUACACUGAACUACUCUCGCAUUCAGAUCCCGUUUGAGAUUACUUUAUGGGUGCUACUUGCGUCCUUUGCCAAAAUAGGUUUCCAUGUUUACCAUAGGAUCACGGUCUGGGUGCCAGAGUCAUGUUUGCUGAUCUCCAUUGGUCUCAUAGUCGGGGGCAUCAUGCACUCGCUGCACGAGAAGCCGCCGGCAGUGCUCACCUCCAAUGCCUUUUUCCUCUAUAUGUUGCCAGCUAUUGUUCUAGACUCAGGCUACUUCAUGCCCACUCGGCCUUUCUUUGAGAAUUUCGGUACGGUGCUGUGGUUUGCUGUUGUUGGCACCUUGUGGAAUUCUAUUGGCAUUGGCAUAUCUCUGUUUGCUGUCUGCCAGAUCGAGGCGUUUGGUGUGCAGGACAUUACCCUGCAGGAGAACCUCCUCUUCGCCUCCAUCAUCUCAGCCGUAGAACCGGUGGCUGUGCUCACUGUGUUUGAGGACAUCAGCGUCCAUGAGCAGCUCUAUAUUGUGGUAUUUGGAGAGUGCCUGUUCAAUGAUGCUGUCACUGUGGUGCUCUAUAAUCUUUUCAAUCAUGUAGCAGUGAUGGAGGUGGUUGAAGCCGGAGAAGUUUUUCUGGACAUAGGUCGAUUUUUUGUGGUGGGUUUGGGAGGUACGCUUUUCGGCGUACUGUUAGGCUUUGUGGCAGCCUUCACCACACGCUUUACAGGAAAAGUGAGAGAGAUCGAGCCUCUGAUCAUCUUCCUGUACAGCUACCUGGCCUACCUCAUAGCUGAGCUCCUUGCCAUCUCCAGCAUCAUGGCUAUUGUAAUCUGUGCCUUGACUAUGAAGUAUUAUGUUGAGGAGAAUGUAUCCCAGCACUCCUGCACCACUAUUCGGCAUGUCAUUAAGAUGGUUGGAAGUGUGUCGGAAACUCUGAUCUUCUUCUUUCUGGGUGUUGUUACCAUAACAACAGAGCACGAGUGGAACUGGGGCUACGUCCUCUUCACUCUGCUGUUUGCUCUUCUUUGGAGAGGCCUGGGAAUCCUGGUCCUAACGCAGAUCAUUAACCCCUUCCGCACAAUUCCUUUCAACUUCAAAGAUCAGUUUGGUUUGGCCUAUGGUGGCUUGAGAGGAGCUGUGUCCUUUGCCUUGGCCUUCACUCUCCCAGACAGCAUUGGUCGCAAGAAGCUGUUCAUCACAGGCACGAUUGUCGUCAUCAUCUUCACAGUGUUCAUUCAGGGAAUUACUAUAAGACCCCUUCUAAAAUUAAUGAAUGUUCGUAAGACAAAUCGAAACCUGGAGACCAUCAAUGUUGAGAUUCACAAAAGGUUAAUGGAGCACACUGUUGCUGGCAUAGAGGAUCUGUGUGGACAAUGGAGUCACUACUACUGGAAAGACAAGUUCUUGAAGUUUAAUAACCGGAUCAUUCGCAAGAUUUUAAUCCGUGAUAAUUGUCCCGAGUCGAGCAUUGUGGCUCUGUAUAAGAAACUGGAGCUUCAGAACGCCAUGGAGAUACUGGACCAAAUGUCCGCUGACAUCAGUGCAGCCCCCUCUUUAAUUUCAUUGCACGAAGAAAGAAAGAAUGCCUCCAAGUCCAGGAAGAAGUUCUUGUCAUCUGAUGUGACAAAUAUGCAUGAACUCUUAUCAAAGAACAUGUACAAGAUCAGACAGAGGACAGUGUCUUACACCAAUAAGCACACAUUACCCAAUGAUAUGACAGCCAGAGAGAUCCUGAUGAGAUGCCACACAAGCUUACGACGCAGCCUCAGAGCUGGAAGCUUCCACGGCACUAAUGCUGCAAAAAUGUCCCAGAAAUUUUUCUCUCUGCCCAUGGGCCGGAGUCUGAGCUCUGGAUUUCCUCCUGGGAGACUCCGUCACGCUGGAGAUGGUGAUACUGAAUCGGAGACCGACUACCUGUCAAUCAGGCAUCCACAGAGAGUGUCAUCUAAAGCAGUGAUGCCUCCCAGGCCGUCAAACACUCUGAAGGAAGUGGCUUCCUCUGUCAACAUGGUGGACGAACAGAAUGAGGAGCAGAGAGGCUACAGGAGGUCAAAUGUCAGCCGUUCAGGACACCUGACCUCACAUCUGCCUCAUGGCUCGUCUAGAAACUAUAGUGAUGAAGACUGUGAGGGCGAGGAGCAGCAAUCACGGUCGUCUCCACAUGUGUGGGUACAGGAACCGCAGAACAACAGUGAUGUGCAGCAUCCUUUGAUGAGGAGACCACACUGGCUGCCACAGAAACCACAUGACAAAUGAGUUCACUGCUAUUACUUGUGGAAUUGAUCUCACCACUUUGAAAGAAACUCAUACAAACUAAAACACUUACACUAGAGAAAAUAGAACUUAUUCCAUGCGAAACACAGUCACAAAAUAUUCCUAUGUAAGAACUUACAUAAAAGCUUUCUAUGACACUAAAGCUAUCAGAAAUGGUAAUCUACAGAAUAAUUGGUCUGCUUGACGUGCAUUUUGCUGAUAUUGGUAAAACUGAUAAAUUGGGUGCAUUGUCAUUUUCAUACCGUUUGAAUUUGUUUUUUUUGUAAUUCACUAAAUUGAACUUUAGCUUUGGAAACUUUUGGAUACAUGGCUAUUUAUCAGAUUUAACUGGAUUUUAGUAUAUUAUUUAUUUUAACAAAAAAAAAAAAUUUUCUUUACACAUCAUAAGCAAUUACUUGAUUCAUGAAAGUUACAUUUCUAUAUAGGACACACCAUAACCUUUGUAUGUAAGAAUCUUGUUGUAAAAUAUACAUGGGUACAAAUGUUAAAGUAUAAUAUAGUAUCAGCUCAAACAGUCCUCUAAUGUGUGAGAUCAUUUUUCCCAUGGCAUGCAGCACAUACUUUUUUAAAUGAACUACAGCAGUCAACAUUUGAAGUGGAUCAAAACCUUUCAUCAAAGUUGUCCUAAAACCAAAAUGCUUUCUUGUCAACUUGAACUUUUUUGAUACACUUCAAAUGUUGACUAUUGUAUAAAAAAACUAAAAUAACAUAACGGCAGGAUUUUGUGUAGGCUCAGGCUUCUUUUAUUAAUUAAAAUAAAAUAUUACGUUCUUACACAAAAUUAUACUUCGGCAUGAACUUGGUAUUCCUGAUAGUAAUAAAAAGCCUACAUUUAAAAUAAUCAUUGUAAAUACAUAGAUAAAAUCAGAUGAUGAUAAAAAUCAAAAGAGAUAAAAAGAAAACAUUUCCCACACACAACCAAUGUUUGGGGUCAGUAAGAUUUUGAUAUUUUUUUCUUUUCUUUUAAUAAUUCUCUUAUACACACACCAAGGCUGCAUCAUUUUAGUUGAUUAAAAAUACAUUAAAAACGGUAAUAUUGAAUGAAAUAUUACAAUUUAAAUUAAAAGUUUUUGAUUUGAAAAUAUUAAAAAAAUCUUUUUUUUAUUAAUGCAAAGCUGAAUUUUCAGCAUAAUGACUCUAGUCUUCAGUGUCACAUGAUUCUAAUCAUUCUAAUAUGCUGAUUUGCUGUUCAAGAAACAUUUACUAUUAUCAAUGUUGAAAACAGUUGUGCUGCUUAAUAUUUUUGUGGGGAAAAAAGAAGCAUUUAUUUGAAACUAAUUUUUGUUUACUGUCUCUUCUGAUCAAUUACAUGCAUCCUUGCUAAAUAUAAAUAUUAGAUUUUGUUCCAAAUAAUAAAUAAAUAAAAUCUUACUGACUCCACACUUAAUUUCGAACAGUAGUGUGUGUGUCCUAUACUCAAGUUUUUUUGUACAGUUUUAUAAAAACAUUAUUGCUAGACUUUGGGGCAACUGUAUGUUUUUUAAUUUUAAAACACCGAAGUGAGUAGUAUUAUGAAGUGCAUGAGUGAUAAAUAGUGGUAACACUGAGGUAAAACUCAAUCACAUAGUUACAUUUCUCCUGCCCAAAAUGUUAACAGUUUUCUUGGAAGCUCAUCAGCCUUACCUUUCUUGUUUUUCGACUUAUAGUCAGAAAUUUGGCCAGGAAACAUAAAAUCAACACAUAAAACACUUUUAUAUAACAAUAAAUGUCCCACUUCUGGUGCUAGUUUUGCCACUGGUGUUGAACCACUAAACAGCAAAAUGUUCUGAUAUAAACAUUCAUCUUACUAGCCUUUGCAUCAGACUCCGUCAAGUCUGCAAAUGUACAGGCAGUUGCUCUCUUUCAGCAUGGCGGCACAGGAAGAAGCCUUACCGAUGGGCGUCUCACACUGACAUUGUGACAUUUAGUAGCUGGUAUAGAGAUCCAAACUCCCACAUUCUCCAAAAAAAACAAUCACA